AUAUUUAAAGAAAACAAACAGAUACUGCUUAUAAAUGGAUUUAAAUUCGUCAAUUGUCAGUUACAUUUGAAACUUCUAAAAAUUACAUAAAACAUGUCACUAAUUAUCACUACUUUAUUUAUUACGCUAGUUGCAUCUAUGACAGAUGCUCAACCCGAUUCAAUUCGACUGUGUCAACCACAUGCAAUUUGGAGUAAUUGUGCUUCAUUAUGUCCUAGAACUUGUGAAAACCCUAAACCAGUACCAUGUCCUUUGAUCUGUGUAAGACGGUGUGUAUGUCUACCGGGUUUCAUUCAAGUUUCUCGGACAAAUACAACUUGCAUAGCAAAUUGUGACUGUCCCAAUUUGAAGUUUGAAUAAUUUCACAAAAGUUUCUAAACUUUUGGAAUUGAAUUCGAAUGGCAAAUAAAUUUGAUAACAAUAAAUUGUCUAAUAGACAAUAACAUGUGUAAUGUAAUUUGUUUAAUUUAAUAAUAAAUAAAAAAAGA